AUGUGCUCUCGGGGGGUGGGAAGGACCACGGAACAGGGGGGACGAAGUUCCAAAGUUGGGGAGAGGGAGAGAAUCCGAAGCCGUGUUCGGGCCGUCAUCAGUCAGCUAGAAGGGAUUUUGCGGGAUCUCAAGGAAGUGGCCAAAGAAUUAAGAGAGGUGAGUGACUUAAUUCCAUCAUAAUAACUUUCUGUUACUUGUAACUCUAACCUGCUUACCUAUCACCAUUCCAUGUACCAUACAUGUCACUGACAUUCUUAAAUUUCACAAACCUAUCGUAGUUUUUUCAAUGACCUCCUUUCCCCUGUGAUAUUUAUCUAAAUCAGUGCAUCGCUCUCAUACCUCUAGAGAACUCCUUUGCAAUGUUCUAUUUUAUUAAUAAAACGAUGUACUUGCCAGGAUUCAUAAUGUAGAAUAAAUUAAUCAGGGCAGUACGGCAGUUAGAACAGGAGAUCUUUUGGCUGCAGAAAGGUAAGACAGUGGAUUGGGCCAUCAGAGAUGUAGGCCGAGGUAAGAUAAACUGGGCAUCCCAUACACUUUUCCUGGCACAUAAACACAGCAUUUAUAUACUUUCAAAUGUGCAUAUGUCCUCCAGGAGGGGAUCAAAAUUUUAAAAAAGGUAGUCCGCUCCCUGAUGCCACUAAGUCUGGGGCUGAUAUGAAUCUCCCACGCGCUGAGCCCCAUCCAGCCAGCCAGGGUGCUUGAAAAUCAGAGCCCUAAAAAAUCCUCCACAACAUUGAACCCCACAACCAACACAUCCCUGAAUAGCUCACCCCUUAGUUACCCUCUGUCUAGAGAGCACCCUGAUUCCACAUACAGUGUCCAAUCACCACCCUGGUAUAGGUUUGCCAGACCGUGCCAGAACUCUAAUCCACUAUAGAGUUCCCUGCAGACGGCUGGAACUUCCCCAUCUCUCCCUGGUAUCUACCAGUGUGCUAUCACAGCCAGGUGGCUGACAUCCUGAGCACUUAGACAGGCUGCUUCUGCUGGGUAGGUGGGAAGAUCUCAACGAUAGUGAAAUUAUUGCUUUUUGGGUAAGGUUCUGGGUUUUCUGUGGCAGGGUCCAUAGUCUGUUUUAUUAUUAUUAUAUUUAUAGAGCGCCGUCAAAUUCCGCAGUGCUUUACAAUGGGUGGACGAACAGACAUGUAGUUGUAACCAGACAAGUUGGACACACAGGAACAGAGGGGUUGAGGGCCCUGCUCAAUGAGCUUACAUGCUAGAGGGAGUGGGGUAAAAUGACACAAAAAAGGUAAGGAUAGUAUUAGACUAGUGACAGUUGCAGAAGAGGAAUCAGUCAGGAGCUAUUAACAGUUUAAUUGAUACGCUUUUAUGAAGAAGUGGGUUUUUAACAAUUUUUUAAAGGAGUGGAGACUGGGUGAGCAUCUAACAGGAACGGUGCAGCCCUCGAGAAAUCUUGAAGGCGAGCAUCAGAGGUGGGAGUACAGACAGAAGAUAGACGUAAGUCUUCAGCAGAUCGUAAGGGCCUAGACGGGACAUACUUGUGUAUAAGGGAGGAUAGAUAGGUGGGAGCAGCAUUAUGUAGAGAUUUGAAAGCAAGAACCAUCAUUUUAAAUUGAGCUCUAUAAUUUAUAGGAAGCCAAUGUAGGGACUGACAGAAGGGUGAGGCAUGGGAUGUGCGGGCGGACAGGAAGAUGAGCCUCGCCGCCGUAUUGAUUAUGGACUGUAACGGCGCAAGUUGGGAGCACGUAAGACCACUGAGAAGCGGAUUACAGUAGUCAAGGCGAGAAAGGACAGUGGAAUGGACCAACACCUUAGUUGCAUCUGGCGUUAAGUAGGGGCAGAUGCGCGCAAUGUUUUUGAGAUGGAAAUUACAGGAUUUUGGCAAUAGAUUGAACAUGAGGCUUGAAGGAGAGGUCGGAGUCAAAGAGAACACCUUGGCAGUGAGCCUGCGUGGUAUAGCUGAUGGUAGCACCGUUGACUUGGAGGGAGACAGACACAGGAGUAACCACAGUUGAGGGAGAAAAGACCAGAAUUUCAGUUUUGGUCAAGUUUAGUUUAAGGAAGUGGGCAGCCAUCCAGUUAGAAACAGCAGAGAGGCAGUCAGAGACACUAGUCAAGAGGGACGGGGAGAGAUCAGGAGAGGACAGGUAGAUUUGCGUGUCAUCUGCAUAGAAAUUAUAUUGGAAGCCAAAGGAGCUAAUGAGUUUACCAAGGGAGGCAGUAUAGAUGGAGAACAGUAGGGACCAAGGACUGAACCUUGGGGGACACCAACAGAGAGGAGUUGGGGAGAAGAAGCAGAGCCAGAGAAAGAAACACUGAAAGAGCGCUGGGAGAGGUAGGAGGAGCACCAGGAGAGAGCAAUAUCUUGUAGACCGAUAUUGCGGAGGAUGAGAAGAAGCUGUUGAUGUUCAACAGUGUCAAAAGCUGCAGACAGGUCAAGGAGAAUUAGGAUAGAGUAGUGACCACGAGAUUUUGCAGUGAGUAGAUCAUUGGAUACUUUGGUCAGUGCCAUUUCCACAGAGUGCUUAGCGCGGAAACCAGACUGAAGCGGGUCUAGCAGAGAGUUGGACUCAAGGAAGUCUGUCAAUCUCGCAUACACAAUUUUUUCAAGGAUCUUGGAUGCAAAAGGCAGUAGCGAGAUAGGACGAUAGUUGGAUGGGGAGUUAGGGUCAAGAUUGGGCUUCUUUAGAAUUGGGGUUACAGUUGCAUGUUUGAAGGGCAAUGGAAAUAUACCAGAGGAGAGAGAGAGAUUGAGAAUUUUAUUGAGAGGUGGAGAAAGAGAAGAAGACAGAGUACGGAUGAGAUGCGAGGGAAUUGGAUCUAGGGAGCAGGUGGUGGGGCGAGAGGACUGGAGCAGAGCAAAAACCUCUUCCAAUGUAGUGGGUGCGAAUGAACAUAGAACAGCAGAGGGAGUAUAGUUAGGGGAAGUAGUGUAAGAAACAGAAGAAGAAAGAUGAGAGAUCUCUUCUCUGAUUGUAGAGAUCUUGUCAGUGAAGUGAGUUGCAAAGUCUGAGGCGGUCAAGUUAGUAGGUGGAGGAGGAACAGCAGGGCGAAGAAGAGAGUUAAAUGUGUGAAAUAGUCGUCUGGGUUCGUGGGAGAGUGUGGUUAUGAGGGUAUUGAAGUAAUUAACUUUUGCAGAGGAAAGAGCCAAGCUGUAUGAGCUCAGCAUAAAUUUAUAGUGGAGAAAGUCAGAUGCACAGUGAGACUUUCUCCAACAGCGUUCAGCAGUUCUGGAGCAUUUUGGAGGUAUCGAGUGAGCUUGGUGUGCCAGGGUUGUUGUUGGGGGGGCCUGCAGCGUUUAAAUGUACAAAGUGCCAUGAUGUCUAGUUGAGAGAAGAGGGUGGAAUUGUAGAGGGAGGUUGCAGAACUAGGACAGGUGAGGUUUGAGAUAGGUAAAAGGAGAGUUUGGAGAUUAGUAGAGAAAUGCUCUAGGUCAAGACAUUGGAGGUUUCCGUGAGAGUGAUGUUCAGACGGUGGUGUCAAUUGGGUCUUGCCAAUGUCAAAAGUCAGCAGAUGGUGGUCAGAUAGAGGAAAAGGAAUAUUGGAGAGAUUAGAGGCAGUACAGAGGUUGGUGAAGGCAAGAUCAAGAGUGUUUCCUGCUGUAUGGGUUGCUAAAUUGGACCAUUGCGUGAGGCCAAAGGAGGAGGUUACAGAGAGCAGACGAGAGGCAUCAGUGCAAUUGGGGUUAUUGAUUGGGAUAUUGAAAUCCCCAAGUAUAAGGAAAGGAGUGCUAGAUGAAAGGAAGUGGGGAAGCCAGGAAGAAAAGUGCUCAAUGAAAAGUCUAGGAUAACGGGGGGAGGGGGGACGAUAGAUGAUUCUUAAAGGAGUGGGUUUAAAUAGGCGGACACUCCUAAAGAAGAAAAGGAUAGGGCAGAGGAGCAGGCUGGCCUCCAAGCCAAUCCACGAGCCAUUGGUGGGGAAGCCUCCAUUAAAAUGACUAUCUGGCAUCCAAGAGAUAAAAUAUAGUAAAUAUAUAGUAUAGUAAAUUGGGGAUUAUAAACAUUGGUAGUGAAUAGUUGAGGUUUUAUCGAGAGCUCACUGGGUUAUAUUUCUAAUUUCCAGUGAUUGUGUUGAAGUAUGUGUCCGAUAAAUAUUUAUUUUAAUAUAUAUUAACCAGGGGUAUUGUGGGGCAGAAUAUCCCAAAUGGACUAUCAAACACUAUGAAUUUUAAAUCAGUAAGCAGAGCACAAAGAGUCUCAGCAUUUUCUGCUAUACCUCAACGUGUCCCUCUCUUUCUUUAAAUGAUACUCUAGACCACAGUUGUAAGAAACUUUGUGAAGUAAAAUCAGUAUUUUUGAUUGAAUCUUAGGAUUCAUAGUUCAUCUAAGCAAGGCCUGACAUGCAGUGUAGUGUAUUGUCAGGAUACAGAAUUCAUGAGGCAAAUACUAAUUUAGUAAUCUCACUGGUGCUCUAAGAUCCCAUAGGAAAAACAAAUUGAGCAAAUCCACUAGAAGUCCCCGGGUGUUUUGAUAAGUACUGAAUUGUAAUAUACAUUUCAGGAACCUGUGCCAGUAGUUAGACGUUUUCAAUUUAAAGAUUUAAAUAACUUUGGUUGCCAAUCUCCCAUAAUGUAAAAAUUAAUUUAAUAUAUUUUAGAGGUUUAUAUAUUAUAUAGGAUACAUAAAUCGCCCACUCAGUACCUAAUCAUUAUAUUGAACCGGAAAAAUAUUAUAGAGGUAGGGUAAUGUAUUUUUAUUUUGAUACUGGGGACUAUAUUAUGAAGAGGUUAUUUUGGUUAGACUCAGUUAACGAACCCCCUUCCCAUUACAUGUUAGUUAAAAAAUCUAUCCAGUAAAAUGAUGUUAUGAUGAUUGAUUCGUUGUUUAAAUUGUACUUCAGAGACAUUUCACUUCUUCAUUACCUUCUGGUGCACUGGUGCCAGUGCCAAAUCAUCAUUACAGAGACACUAUAGUCACCAAAACAACUUUAGCUUAAUAAAGCAGUUUUGGUGUAUAGAUCAUGCCCGUGCAGUCUCACUGCUCAAUUCUCUGCAAUUUAGGAGUUAAAUCACUUUGUUUAUGCAGCCCUAGUCAUGCUUCCCUGCUUGUGACUUACACAGCCUUCAUAAACACUUCCUGUAAAGAGUCAUCUAAUGUUUAAGCUUCCUUUAUUCUGUUUCAUUCAGAAUUUUGUCUUUAAUUUCUUAUCUCCUGCUCUGUUAAUAGCUUGUUAUACUCUGCAGAAGACUCUUGCAUGUCAUUAAAUCUCAAAUUACAGAGCAAGAGAUAAACACUUUUAAAGUAAGUAACAUCUGAUUGAAUGGGAAACCAUUUUUUUUCAAUGCAAGCUGUGUCAGUCACAGCCAGGUGAGGUGUAGCUAGGGUUGCAUGGACAGAAACAAAAGUGAUUUAACUCCUAAAUUACAGUGAAUUAAGCAGUGAAACUUCAGAGGCAUGAUCAAUACACCCAAACUGCUUCAUUAAACUAAACUUGUUUUGGUGACUAUAGUGUCCCUUUAAUCCUUUCGGUUGGCAGUGACACAGACAGAUCUCCCUGCAACCCUCAAUUACAUUAUUUACACAUGCAGGGUUAUCCACUAAAGUGAGUAUUUAUGGUGAAAGCAAAGUGAAUUUGAAAUUCUAGGUCAAAAUAGCCAAACCGGAAAAAUUCUCUAAGUCAACUAUGCUUUCCAUGCAACUACUCUGGCCUUAAAUGUGCGAUUCACUUUGAAUUCACUUUAAAUUCUAAUUUUAGGGGAAAACCCUGAGAGCUAUAUUAUUUGCAUGAUAUUUAAUAAAUCCAGGCUGUUCCGCAGUAACAUAUUGAUGUAACUUAGUCACAAGUCUCACGGUAAUAAAAUGAUAGAAAGAGCAUUGUGCCGCGAUGAGCACGGGGCGCGCAGUUCUCUUCUUGCCUGGGGGGUUUGUUUGGGUUUGCUGGCAGACAUGGCAAAGCUCAUGUGAAGUAUUUUAAAGACUCAGCCUUGCACAGAUGGUUGGUUUCCAUGGAAAUGAUUGUCCUCGUAUUUUUUUGGGAACAGAAACAGAUGCAACAGUUAACCCCUCCCUCUCCACCCUAUGCACGUAUUUUAAUAUACAAAAGGAAACAUGGUCACACGAGGGUAUGUAUCACCAUCAGUUCUCUAUGCCUUUUAUAUACGUGAUGGAGGGAUGUGUGGAACAUGUGUCAAAUUUGGAGAGAAACUGAUACUUUCCCACAUUAUAGAUUUCAUAGUUCAAUAUAAUCAAUCAACCAUAGGGGUGUUUACAGGUUAAAAUGAUUAAUAUGUAAGUGACUAUCCAUUUACAGAGAGAGAGAGAUUACCAUAGCAAUACCUAAAUCAGUGGAGGGAGGACCAUGUUGUGCUCUUAAAAAAAACAGCUCUGAAAUUUGUAUGAAUUAAUCCAGCCCCAGGAGGUGGAUUGCGUCACCCUUGCGUGUGAUGCUCCCUUAGCAGGGCCUGAUUAACAUGGGGCCGAUGGAGCUGCAGCUUCAGGUCCAUGCCCAUGGAAUAGGCCCCUUUUUAAAAAAAACAACAUAUUUUUUUUAUUUUUUUUACUACUCUUCACAUACUCUUACUUAAGUAUGGAAACCUAAGAGGGAUGUAUGGGAACAAAACUUGUGUGGACUGGCUGACAAUGAAAUUAGUUAGGAUAAAGCUGACUUUGUGCACUAUGCAAAUGCUCUUGCUGCUUCAGUCUCUCUAACACCGUAGCAUGUUCCCUUUCUUCUACACUCACUACGUACACCUUUCCUCUGUCCCAGACUGUAUAACAGGAGCUUCAGCCUGCUAGUAAGAAGGUAAGGAAAUGAGUGGACCAGUGAGUGCUAGGGGACAGUCGUAGCCAGCGAGCACAUCAUUAGAUGCAUGUAUGCCAAGCUCAAGGUGCAGUCUGCAUGGUAUGAUUGGCAAGCAGCCUGUCAUACAUUUACACCAGACCAAUCUUCGAAUUCCUUGGGCAGACACGCCCCCUUUUUGGGUAUGUUCACCCCUUUGGAGGUUCUGGUUACGUGAUUCACAUCAGUGGCUCACCCUUUUACCUCACCCACCAACAUUCUGCUUCACCGGACCUGCUGUUAGGGGGUAUGGAUAUACUUGAAAGAUAAAAGCGAGAGUCUAGCAUCGGGUUUGUGUUUUCUUAUAGCUAUAUCCUGUGAGUUUCCCUUCAGCACCACCUCCACCAGGUACAUGACGCUUGGGAGGUGUAACUGGUUUAGUGUUUUCUGUCGAUAAGAUUUUGUAAAUAGGCCCAUCAUAACUGUCAGCGCCAGGUCCAAUGGGCUCUUAUUCUGGUCCUGUCCCUUGGGAAUCCACACUGGUGCAUAGUAUGUUAUGAUGAAGUGGGUUGGCUUAGAAUUAGCUAUAAAUUGAAACUGCUCAAACCCCACUGUCUGUCCUUAAUGGGUUUAUUACUGAAAAUCUGUAUUCCCUUUUCAUGUGAGACAAAAAUGUACAAAGGUUCCCAGACUUAGCUAAAUUAGAUGAUACAACUCCUUUGGGCUAUUUGAAAAAAACGUGUGCUGUGUUUUUCUCUUCUGAACUGGAGAAGGGCGAGUACAACUAAUUUAGGAGACAUUCUAUAUAAUGCACAGUUGCAAACCUUUCAGGAUAUUUUCAAAGUUUUUAAAGUCCUCCACCGUGACUUUUACACAUACUUGUAAAUUUUUUUACAAUCUUGGCUCUCAUUCCUAUCCCCUCAUAAACAAAGAUUGGAGAAAGACAUAGGCAAAGUAAUCUUAGAUCCGAAAUAGAACCUCAUCUGAUCAUUCUCUGGCGUGCACCUAAUUCCAUCCAGACUAACUCAAAUACCUCUCUUAAAAAUAUAUAGGUGCAUUCAGAAGGGCUCAUUCAUUCAUACCUGGUGUUUGUGUUCACUAAUUAUUCCAGUCUGGGGAGAGGCCUUUACCUUAGUCAAUUGUCUAACUUUAACUCCAGAAUCACAGGAUGCAGGAACUACAUUACUACAAAUAUUCCCCGAUGAUAUCCUGAGGAAGAAGCAGAAACGUAGCUGUCACAUCUUCCUGGCUGUAAAGCAUUAAUAUAGUUUACCCAACAACUCCACAGAGUUGCCUAAACUCUUGGGAAUAACAGCCAUAAUUAAUCAUUAAUGAGAAUAAAUGUCUUACACAUUACAUUAUUCUUCACAUUUCUACGGAAAAAGAGGACAAACUGAAAAUGUUUCUCAAGGAUACACUACCUUCUACCUGACCUAGUUUAUAGUACUGAACGUAUAUGAGUAUUAAUAAAUAGGCAGCACUGUUACCUUCAAUGGUACAUUCUCUUUAACCGGCUACACACACAAAUUCUUUACUCGUACUUUUCCUCGGCCCUUUUCUGCCCUCUCCCUGUUUCUUUUAUAGUUCUUUUGUUCUAUGAUACAAGAAAAUUCUCUAACAUUGUUGACUGAUUUUUGUUUACAGCCUGGGGUUCAAAGAUAAGCCAAACUCAGCAAUGAGCAUUGCAUUUCUCUCGUUCGUAUAUACGUUGGAUGUAUUCCUAGCUAUGUACAUGCUUGAUUUUUCUUAUCUUGUUAUAUUACGUAGAAGAUUAAUAAACUUUAAUUGAAAAAUAAUUAUUAAUAUUUUGAUAUUAGCAGAUAAUGUAUCUGUUUGCCAAGGAGGGCAUUGAUGCUACAGUGAGGUGGAAAAGUAUUUGAUCCCCUGCUGAUUUCGAACAUUUGUCCACUGACAAAGAAAUGAUCAGUCUAUAAUUCUAAUGGUAGGUGUAUUUUAACAGUGAGAGGCAGAAUAACCGGAAAAAAAUUCCAGAAAAACGCAUGUCAAAAAGUUAUAAGUUAAUUUGAAUGUCAAUGAGUGAAAUAAGUAUUUGAUACCCUAUCAAUCAGCAAGAUUUCUGGCUCCCAGGUGUCUUUUAUACAGGUAACAAGCUGAGAUUAGAAGUACUCUCCUAAAAGGAGUGCUCCUAAUCUCAUCUCGUUACCCGUAUAAAAGACACCUGUCCACAGAAGCAAUCCAUCAAUCAGAUUCCAAACUCUCCACCAUGGCCAAGACCAAAGAGCUGUGGAAGGAUAUCAGGGACAAGAUUGUAGACCUACACAAAGCUGAAAUGAGCUACAAGACCAUCGCCAAGCAGCUUGGUGAGAAGGUGACAACAUUUGGUGCGAAUAUUCGCAAAUGGAAGAAACACAAAAUAACUGUCAGUCUCCCUCGGUCUGGUGCUCCAUGCAAGAACUCACCUCGUGAAGUUUCAAUGAUCAUGACAUCAGUGAGGAAUCAGCCCAGAUUUACAUGGGAGGAUCUUGUUAAUUAUCUCAAGGCAGCUGGGACCAUAGUUGCCAAGAAAACAAUUGGUAACACACUACGCCGUGAAGGACUGAAAUCCUGCAGCGCCCGCAAGGUCCCCCCUGCUCAAGACAGGCCCAUCUGAAGUUUGCCAAUGAACAUCUGAAUGAUUCAGAGGAGAACUGGGUGAACGUGUUGUGGUCAGAUGAGACCAAAAUUGAGCUUUUUGGCAUCAACUCAACUCGCCAUGUUUGGAGGAGGACGAAUAAUGCUUCCUAUAACAGAGCACCAUCCCCACCAUCAAACAUGGAGGUGGAAACAUUAUGCUUUGGGGGUGGACAACUGCACCACAUCAAAGGGACGAUAGACGGGGCCAUGUACCAUCAAAUCUUGGGUGAGAACCUCCUUCCCUCUGCCAGGGCAUUGAAAAUAGGUUGUGGAUGGGUAUUCCAGCAUGACAAUGACCCAAAACACACAGCCAAGGCAACAAAGGAGUGGCUCAAGAAGAAGCACAUUAAGGUCCUGGAGUGGCCUAGCCAGUCUCCAGACCUUAAUCACAGAGAAAAUCUGUGGGGAGCAGAAAGUUCGAGUUGCCAAACGUCAGCUUUGAAAUCUUAAUGGCUUGGAGAGGAUCUGCAAAGCUUAGUGGGACAAAAUCCCUCCUGAGAUGUGUGCAAACCUGGUGGCCAACUACAAGAAACGUCUGACCUCUGUGAUUGCCAACAAGGGUUUUGCCACCAAGAACUAAGUUGAAAGGGUCAAAUACUUAUAUCACUCAUUGACAUGCAAAUAAAUUUAUAACUCUUUUUACAUGCGUUUUUCUGUUUUGUUUUUUUUUGGGGGGGGGAGGGUUAUUCUGUCUCUCACUGUUAAAAUACACCUAGCAUUAAAAUGAUAGACUGAUCAUUUCUUUGUCAGUGGGCAAAUGUUCAAAAUAAGCAGGGGAUCAAAUACUUUUUCCCCUCACUGUACAAGUACCAUAAAUGCCACUAUUCUUUGCAUGAGUUAUAUAGUAAUUAUGCUUAAAUAGGGCCCCUGUCCCAUAAAUAUCCUCACUGAAAGACAUCACUGAAGAUUUCUUAUCAUCCCCCUGUAUAUCCAAGUACUUGCAAAGUAGGGGGCAGACAAUUCCUGUCUUGUCUAACUGUGUUGUUCAUAGGUUUCUGUGAAGGAAACUAAUUCACAGUUUGUGUAGACUACCAAUUAUAAAAGCAUGAAUUGCCUGCAAUAAAAUUCACAUUUACUGUUGCCAAAUACUGAACUAUACUUCCCCAUCUGAAUAAAAUAACUGUAGGCGUUUUGUGCCGCCACACAAAUACUCAAUGCCUUUUACAGGUUUAAACGUAACUUUCUAAUCAUAAUAAAUAUCUUUACAUAUACAGUAGCUCACAAAAGUGAGUACACACCUCAUAUUUUUGUAAAUAUUUUAUUAUAUCUUUUCAGGUGACAACACUGAAGAAAUGACACUCUGCUACAAUGUAAAAUAGUAAGUGUACAGCCUGUAUAACAGUGUAAAUUUGCUUUCCCCUCAAAAUAACUCAACACACAGCCAUUAAUGUCUAAACCGUUGGUGACAAAAGUGAGUACACCCCUAAGUGGAAAUGUCCAAAUUGGGCCCAUAGUGUCAAUAUUUUGUGUGGCCACCAUUAUUUUCCAGCACUGCCUUAACCCUCAUAGGCAUGGAGUUCACCAGAGCUUCACAGGUUGCCACUGGAGUCCUCUUCUAGUAUGACAUCACGGAGCUGGUGGAUGUUAGAGAUCUUGCGCUCCCACACCUUCUGUUUGAGGAUGCCCCACAAUGCUCAAUAGGGUUUAGGUCUGGAGACAUGCUUGGCCAAUCAAUCACCUUUACCUUCAACUUCUUUAGCUAGGCAGUGGUCGUCUUGGAGGUGUGUCUGGGAUUGUUAUCAUGUUGGAAUAUUGCCCUGCGGCCCAGUCUCCGAAGGGAGGGGAUCAUGCUGUGCUUCAGUAUGUCACAGUACAUGUUUGCAUUCAAGGUUCCCUCAAUGAACUGUAGCUCCCCAGUGUCGGCAGCACUCAUGCAGGCCCAGACCAUGACACUCCCACCACCAUGCUUGACUGUAGGCAAGACACACUUGUCUUUGUACUCCUCACCUGGUUGCCACCACACAUACUUGACAUCAUCUGAACCAAAUACGUUUAUCUUGGUCUCAUCGGACCACAGGACAUGGUUCCAGUAAUCCACGUCCUUAGUCUGCUUGUCUUCAGCAAACUGUUUGCGGGCUUUCUUGUGGGAUGACAGCUAUGCAGACCAAUUUGAUGCAGUGUGCAGCGUUUGGUCUGAGCACUGAAGGCUGGCCCCCCACCCCUUCAACCUCUGAAGCAAUGCUGGCAGCACUCAUAUGCCUAUUUUUCAAAGACAACCUUUGGAUAUGACGCUGAGCAUGUGCACUCAACUUCUUUGUUCGACCAUGGCGAGGCCUGUUCUGUGUGGAACCUGUCCUGUGAAAUCACUGUAUGGUCUUGCCCACCGUGCUGCAGCUCAGUUUCAUGGUCUUAGCAAUCUUCUUAUAGCCUAGGCAAUCUUUAUGUACAGCAACUUUUUUUUAGAUCCUCAAAGAGUUCUUUGCCAUGAGGUGCCAUGUUGAACUUCCAGUGACCAGCAUGUGUGAAGGUAGUGGUUAUUGUGUGGUGCGACCAAUUAUACCCACAAACCCGCUCCCCCCUCCUCCACCAAUUAAGACCAAGAAACGUAAAUGUGGUAUAAACAGGUCACAGCUUUAUUUAUAAAUAACAAGCAUAAAUAUAUAAACCAAUUUUAACUAUCCUUUAAUAUAAGCAUGAUGUAACUCAAACUCGUCCUUGCCAACCAGACCAUAACAACUCUAGAGUACCCCCUUCCAGGGGACCUGCCCUCCCCCCUCGUUCAAGAUAACUGGCCUUCACCUUGGCCUUCCAAUUCCCCAUGCCAACCCCUGGCCGCCUUUCCUGGCACGGAGGGCACGCCCAAUUACCAAAACAUUUUCCGAGGUUAGGGGAGGGACCAGACCCAGCAUUCCUUCUUCCAGUGUACUCCGUUUCCCAACUGGUUCGUCAAGGACCAUACCCGCCGGCUGUGACAAGAAAGAAAAUUAGUUAUACGCAAUAAGAUAACAAUCAACAACAAAGGGCGGGAAGGAGGGGGGCCUUGAGAGAGUGUGAGAGCGAUAACACCAAAUUUAACAAACCUGCUCCCCAUUCACACCUGAGACCUUGUAACACUAACAAGUCACAUGACACCGGGGAGGGAAAAUGGCUGAUUGAGACCAAUUUGGGCAUCUCCACUUAGAUGUGUAUUUACUUUUGUUGACAACAGUUUAGACAUUAAUGGCUGUGUGUUGAGUUAUUUUGAGGGGACAGCAAAUUUACACUGUUAUACAGGCUGUACACUUACUACUUUACAUUGUAGCAGAGUGUCAUUUAUUCAGUGUUGUCACAUGAAAAGAUAUAAUAAAAUAUUUACAAAAAUGUUGGGGGUGUACUCACUUUUGUGUCUAUUUUGCAUUAUCUCCAUAAUACAUUAAAACAGAGAGUUAAUGCCAGCCUAGAAUGCUUCUUAAAAUUCUUACGGUAAGCGUUUGUUAAUAAAUCCUCAAAUAUUUACACUUGAAGCUGAUGAAUUAUCAUAUAAAAAAGUCUAAAUACAAAAUGUAAGCUUUAUAAUAUGAAAUAUAAAUAUGAAAUAUUAGUCGCGGAUAAAUUAAGACAAUACAUUGAGUAUUGUAUACCUCAUUGUGAAGAACCAACACUAAAAGGAACCAUAAUCACUCAAUAUGACUUCCCCGCAACCCAGGAGGUACUCCCCAGAAAAAGCGCCAUGACAGCGAGUCACUCGGCACCAUCGGCAUGCCGACUGCCAAGAUCCAGCGCUAUUACAAAGAUUUGCAACAGGGUUGAUGUUCCAGAAGGAAUAAGUCAAAUGGCAAAUGAUUUAGGUAAAUUAGAAAAAUUAUCAGAGAUGUGGUAACUUACAUUUAAUGUGGAUAAGUGCAAAAUGCAAAAAUGCAUCUUGGGCUUAAAAAAAACACACAUUUGGCGCUCGGGUAUCAGAUAUCUGAGGAUACAAUAAGUGUGGAAAGUUUUCAUGUAUAAAGUUGUGUUUUGUGAAUAUAUGUGUUAUACGCCUAUGUGUCUGAGAGAGAAUUAAAGUAGCAGUGUAUAUUGCAAUCCUCUCCCAAACACAGAGGCACCUAGGUGGGAUUACCUACACCUCUACUGUAGACCCCUUGGGGGGUCUGUGUACAUAAACCUGUUGUCUGCAAUGUUGUUGUUUUACCCUUCAUGAAAUUGUGGCUGAUAUUUGGGCAAACAGAGCUACAAUCACUCUGACUUUGCGGGACUUCCUGCCUCUCCUGUGACAAAAAACUAACAGCACCUUCCCCUCUCCUCCUGCCCUCCUCGUUGUAAUUCAAUGCAUGAAACAGUAUAAUUACAAUGAAGAGGGCAGGACCAGAGAGUUACCAUACAGUGUUGUAGAUAAGACCCAAAUUACAAGAACACCGAUAUCAUGGCAUCUUGUGGUUUAUGAUUAUCCUUUGUUCAAUGCAAUUUCUGAUAUGUAUGUAUAUGUUGCAGGUGGUGGAGCAGAUAGACAGACUCACUUCGGACUUUGAGUUUGAGUUGGAUGCAGAUGACUGGACCCCUGGAACUGUUAGCAGCACAUCUAGCAGUGAGAAGGGGGGUCCUCUCUGUGACCUGGGACCCCUGGACUUCCUCAGUUCCGAUAGUUGGGAAUUCUGUUCCUUCCUUGAAGCCUCCACCCCAUCCGACUCUGGAGAUGGCUCAGACCGCCCUUCAGACUUCAGGUUGCUCAAUGGGGGUGCCACCCCCAAUGGACCAGAUUCCUCCAGUGAAGAAACCCCUAUUCCCCCAGAGAAACCCCCACCAACAAGGAACCCUGGAUCAAGGGACAGGGUGAGAUUCAGUGACAAAGUCCUGUACCAUGCCCUGUGCUGUGAUGACAGUGAAGAUCCUCCAUUUGGCCAGGACACUCUACGUGAUGCUCCAAGACCUGCAGCCCCUAGUGCAGUUUUGAAGAACAAGCAAGGAGGACUAACUGGAGUCCGUAAAGGGACAAGGAACUGCAGUACCCAAACUGUGUGCGACAAAAGCACCCAGACUGUGCUACCAUAUGUGCCAAAAAAAGGAAAAGAUAAGCACUGA